AUGUGCAUAUCUCUCAUCAGCUCGCGCAUGUGCCGGCCCCUAUUCUUACCGGCGGUAACGGUCCAGAGUAAUGGCAUUGCAUUUGCUGCUCCUGACAGUGGAAGUGAAGUUAAAGUUGACGCGGUAGAGAUUCAUGUCAGACAGACAUCGGACCGGGCCGUGACCAUCCGGGCUUGGCGUGUGGCGUUUGCAUCGAUGCCCCUAGCAGAGAGCAGGGAAUUAAUUCUAUGGACGGCUGGGGGCGACACGGGCAAAGACUGCUUUGCUGCUGUCGUCUAUCCUGCUAUUGUUGUUGUCGAUGCCAUGCAGACACCCAAUAUCGUCGCCCGCUUCACCAGGUCAGCAUCAGGUUCGCCACGUCGGGUGCACUUUAACGAAGAUGAACGCUACGAGGAGAAGAAGAACAACAACAAACGCUGGGAGUCCACGGCCAAGCGACCAUCCCAUGGCCAAGCAUAUAUGAACAGAACUUUCCUGGGAAAACGACCUCUGGCCGCCGUGUUGUUCAUCUUCGCCACCUUCUUCGCUGUCUUGGUCGUGAGAUCGUACUCGACGGCACCCGUCCAUUCUCAUACAGUGCACAAUGGGCCCACAGCGAAAUACAUGCAACUCAUUAUUCCCAUCAAUCGAAAGUCCGAUACCGACCUGUGCAAGACCGUCCUCUCCGCCCAGGUGUUGAACUAUCCCGUACCAGUGGUUGUGCCCUGGGGGAAUUCCACCGAUGGCACUCUCGUGGCGAAGAAGCAACGCAUGCAUCACAAAGCCACGCAGAUUUACUCGUAUCUGAACUCCUUGCCACGAGAGGCCGAUGAUGGCAUUGCCAUUCUUCUCGAUGGGCCCGACACGUGGUUUCAACUGCGUCCUGAGUCGCUUUUGCAAGGCUAUUAUCGCAUCACGAGCCGGCGAAAUCGGAAGCUGCAAAAGUCUCAUGGCAAAGGCUUUGAGCAAAAAGUCGUUUUCUCCGCUUCCGAUGUCUGUGGCAUGUCCGACGAGAAUGAUCCGUCUUGCUCUGUAAUACCACAGCCUCCAGCGGCCAAUCUCCCCAAUUAUCUCGGCCAUGGAGCCAUUGUGGGUCAAGUCCAAGACGUCCGAAAGGUGCUGGCUCGUGUUAUCGACAAGCUCGAAACACAACAGGAAGAGCCCCCAUCAAGACUUCUACCCAUUUUCACCCACAUCUUCGGUGAACAAGAAGCCCGACGUCAGCAAUAUCGCAUCAUCAAACCCCAUCAAAAACACAACCGACGACCCCGCCAGGUUACUGAAGCAGCAACACCACCACCACCAAACGCCUUCAACACCACAAACGAAGCAGUCGAAUUAGGCAUCGGUCUAGACUACCACAACGAACUCGGCUUCUCCAUUUCCCCAACCACCCUCCCUCAAUGGCACCAACAAACCUCCUCCUCCCAAUCCGCCGAAAUCCAAUCCAGCAUGCCUCCUUACUGGACCGUCUCAGGCCAAGAACCCAAUCUCCCUCACCACAAAACCUGGUCCGAAAUCCCCCUCUUCGCCACCACCAAAAACAACAAUUCCAUCCCCGCCAUGCUACACCACUACCCCACAGUCGCCAUGGGCGGCCACGACGCCACGGGCCAUCGCAGCCAAUGGUGGUCUCAAAUGUGGUUUACAGAAUUUUCGCGCGCGUUGUACACGGCUUCGGAGCGCUUGCCGAGUACUAUUGUCGCUCAAGUACGAGUUGAUGAUGGGCAAGAAGGAAAGGAACAUGUGUUUUGGAAUUUGUGGCCGAGUCAUAAUCGUGCGGGAGCGUGGUUGUCUGGGGGGAAAUUUUGGCAUUGGCAGGAUAUGUGUGGGUUGGAGGGGCAGUGGAGAGAGGUUUUUAGGGAUGAGGAGGGGCCUUGGGUUAGGAGGGAGUGGUUUUAG